AGCACCACAGAGGAGAAAGGCAACUGGAGUUCCAAGUGCCAGUCACAACAAAAAGAUUGGUGAACGACAAGAGGCCAACCCUGCCAACACCGUUGACGUCCGCAGAACUCCAAGUCAGAGAGUGACUUUCAGAUAACUUCGCUCACUGUCUCCGAGUCCUUUCGUUGACUUCCAUUUCCAGGGUAACUUUCAGCUCACCUCGGCCGCGCCAUGAUGAGAUCCGCAGUCUUGGGUUCGUUUGUGUUGGGGAUGUGCAUGUUGGCGGGGUGGUGUGUUCCACUGAAGAAGACUGUCUCCGUGACCUUCCCCGGAGACGUCCUGAGGAACAUGACCGACAUGCAGCUUGCAGAGAGCUACCUGAAGCGGUUCGGCUACGUGAACGUCGAGCGGCGCAGCGGCUUUCAGUCCAUGUUGUCCAACUCCAAGGCUCUGAUGAGGAUGCAGAGACAAAUGGGCCUGGAGGAGACGGGUAAACUGGACAAGGCCACCGUGGCGGCCAUGAAGGCCCCUCGCUGCGGAGUGCCAGACGUGCGCAACUACCAGACCUUCGACGGCGACCUGAAAUGGGACCACAGUGACAUCACAUACAGGGUCCUGAACUACUCCCCAGACUUGGAGGCCUCACUGAUAGACGACGCCUUCGCCAGAGCCUUCAAAGUCUGGAGCGAUGUCACGCCUCUGACAUUUACACGCCUCUUCGACGGCACUGCCGACAUCAUGAUAUCGUUUGGGAAAAGGGAUCAUGGAGAUGGUUACCCCUUCGAUGGUACAAAUGGUCUUCUGGCCCACGCCUUUCCUCCUGGCGAAGGUGUGCAGGGAGAUGCCCACUUUGAUGAUGAUGAAAACUGGACUCUAGGCAAAGGAAAAGUUGUGAAAACGUUGUACGGCAACGCGAACGGGGCCUUGUGCCACUUCCCAUUCUCUUUCGAGGGCAAGCAGUACUCCAGCUGUACCACCGAGGGGCGCACUGACAACCUGCCCUGGUGUGCCACCACGGCUGACUACGGCAAAGACCAGAAAUACGGCUUCUGUCCCAGUGAACUUCUGUACACGAUCGACGGAAAUAGCAACGGCAAAGAAUGCGUGUUCCCCUUCGUAUUUCUCGGCGAGACUUAUAACGGUUGCACGACAGAGGGCCGCAGCGACGGCUACCGUUGGUGCUCCACAACGGACAACUUUGACAAGGACAAGAAAUACGGCUUCUGUCCCAACCGAGAUACGGCUGUGACAGGCGGAAACUCUGAAGGAGAGCCCUGCCAGUUCCCCUUCGAGUUCCUGGGGAAGCAGUAUGACUCGUGCACGAGCGAGGGGCGGGACGACGGGUUGCUGUGGUGCGCUACCACCAGCAGCUAUGACGCAGACAAGAAGUGGGGCUUCUGCCAAGACAGUGGCUACAGUCUGUUCCUAGUUGCAGCUCAUGAGUUUGGCCACGCCCUGGGUCUGGACCACUCCAACGUCAGAGCUGCCCUCAUGUAUCCUAUGUACUCCUACAUUGAGAACUUCUCCCUGCAUGAAGAUGACCUGCAAGGCAUUCAAUAUCUCUAUGGAUCCAAGACAGGCCCCGACCCUACACCCCCAGGACCCACCACCACCACCACGGAUGAGACUGAACCCGACACCGACACCACGGAUGAGACUGAACCAGACAUCACUACCACGGAAUCGACCAUGGUUACCACCACACUCCCAGUGGACCCCUCCCUGGACGCCUGCCAGAUCGACAAGUUCGACACGAUCACAGAGCUGGAAGGACAACUGCAUUUCUUCAAGGACGGGCAGUACUGGAGGUUGUCAGACAAGACUGAUAGUGGGAUGGAGGGUCCGUUCUCCAUGUCCAAGAAGUGGCCGGCUCUGCCUGCCGUCAUCGACACGGCUUUCGAGGACCUCAUAACCAAGAAAAUUUACUUCUUCUCAGGCACUCGCUUCUGGGUGUACACAGGACAGAGUGUGCUGGGACCCCGCAGCAUUGAGAAGCUUGGUCUGCCCUCCAGUGUGAAGAAGGUGGAGGGAGCUUUGCAGAGAGGCAAAGGAAAGGUGCUGCUCUUCAGUGGAGAGAGCUUCUGGAGGAUGGAUGUGAAGGGACAGAAAAUCGACACUGGAUACCCUCGUUUCACAGACAUCGCCUUCGGAGGAGUGCCCAGUGAUGCUCACGAUGUGUUCCACUUCAAGGGCCACAUCUACUUCUGCCGUGACCGUUUCUACUGGCGAAUGAACUCCAGGAGGCAGGUGGACCGUGUGGGCUAUGUCAAGUAUGACAUUAUGAAAUGUUCCGACUCCUAAACUAGCUUCAUUGAGCUACCCGUCACUUACAGGCCUGAGGAUGGAAGAACCUUUUCUAUUUUGCCACUUUACACACAGACGGACCAGUUCAGAUUAUUUUGGGCAAAAUACAAGAAUUGGGCAAAGAUGAGAGCUGUGGGGAUUGUGUAUGUAGCCUUAUAGUGGGAUCCCAGACCUGUGCAUUAUGUUUUGUCAGCAGCCUACUAAAUAUUUGUUCCACUUAUUUGCUUAUGACCAAUCUGUUCAGCACUGAAAAAGUCUGAUGUGAAAAGAUCUGAUUUAGUUAUAAUAAGCCAUUCUAAGAUUAAUGAUCAGAAUUGAGCUGCCCUUGUUAAAGCAGCCACUAUCACUGGUAUUGUCUUCUUCCUCUUCUGCAGUUAUAAGGGUGUCCCUGAUGGGGAGAAAUAUUCAUAAGGGCUUGUGGCAUUGUGGGUGUGUCGUUUGUCAUUUUGAUACAGCAUCCCUGUAAGUUGUGUACAUUGUGAAAGACCGGAAUGUGGUCCACAGUACA